AUGGCGCCUUUCCUCGCAGGUAGCUCGGAGACCAAUGGCAGCAGCCACGAAGCAUACCUAAAAGCACCCGACUUUCAAAAGUUCGACCAUCCACCUCGCGUUAUGGUCAUCGGUGCAGGUAGCCGUGGCACAGCCUACGCCGAGGCUGCUUUGGAAGGCACCAACGCUAUCAUCGCGGCUGUGUGCGAGCCGACACACUCGAAACGCGAGGCUUUCGGCAAGAGAUUCAUAUGGCAUGGGAAAUUGCCCGCACAGCCUGGUGAACACUUCUCCACUUGGCAGCAAUGGGUUGAGUGGGAGGAAGAAAACAGGCAGUGCGAAGCUCACGGGGAGGGCGGCCCAACAAUCGACGUGGUGUUCGUCUGCGUGCUCGAUGAGAUGCACGAGGAAGUCGUGCGCGGCAUUGCGCAUUUGGGAGUGCACAUCUGCUGUGAGAAGCCAUUGAGUACGCGACUCGACAGUUGCAUGAGAAUGUACAAGGCACUUAACGAUGCGAAGAAGAGCACUGUCGCAGCAGGAAACAGAGAGCCGGUCUUCGGGAUAUGCCACGUGCUUCGAUACUCACCCCACAACAUGCUUUUGCGACAUUUGGUACGGGACAAGAACGUUAUCGGAGACAUUCUCAGCAUCGAGCAUUGCGAGCCUGUGGGCUGGUGGCACUUCAGCCAUAGCUAUGUUCGCGGCAACUGGCGCAAAGAGUCAACUUCUGCCCCUUCCCUACUUACGAAGUCCUGCCAUGACAUCGAUUUCCUCAUGUGGAUGCUCUGUACGCCCAGUCUUUCUACAUCUCCACCUCACCUUCCAUCAUCCAUAACUUCUGCAGGAUCGCUCAAGUAUUUCCGCAAGUCACGCAAGCCAGCCGAAGCAGGUAGCGCGACCAACUGCCUCUCCUGCGCGUACGAACCAUCGUGCUCCUACAGCGCGAAGAAGAUCUAUCUCGAGAACCAGCUCGCGCAAGGCAACGCGGAUUGGCCCGUGAAGAUCGUGAACCCAGAAAUCGAAGACCUCUACAAGACCAAGGGCGUCGAAGCCGCCUCAGACCAACUCCUGACCAAUCUGGCCGAAGACUACGACUCCACCACUCCGCUUGAAGUCAGGAACAAGAGAAACUACUUCGGCCGCUGCGUCUGGGAGUCCGACAACGACGUCUGCGAUGACCAAGUCGUCACACUUACCUGGGACGAUGAUGGUGAAGAUGCCAGCAGAGGCGCGAAGACAGCGCUGUUUCACAUGAUCGCGCAUACUGAGAAGCAGUGUGAGAGGAGAGGCAGAAUCUACGGCACGAAAGGAGAGAUCGAGUAUGACAGCACGACGAUCAGCGUUCAUGACUUUGCAUCCAAGAAGACUACGAAGCAUGUCCCGCAUGCUGCGGGUGGUGGGCAUGGAGGUGGUGACGCGGGACUGGUGAGGCAGUUUCUCAUGGCUGUCGAUGCUGUUGAGGAGGGGGAGAUGAGCACGCACGAGGCGCAGAGGACUUUCUUGGGCUGCGAUCUUGAGGAAGCGUUCAGAAGUCACGCCGUUGUCUUCGCAGCAGAAGAUGCCAGGACGAAGAAACAGGUAGUGGACUGGGGAGCGUGGUGGAAAGAGCACGUCGAGAGUAAAGUGGCCUGA